AUGGUCAAUGCUGAUCUGUGGUUAGAGGAUGAGCUGUUGCCGAUGAUUCUGAAGGUUCAAUUUUCAAAUGUCCAGUUAGGUCACGGAAAUACCUCUGAGCAGUUCGCUUCAGCUGUUUCUCCAUAUGGACCCACAAAUGCUGACAUUAGCUCUUGUUAUAAAGGUUACAGAGGUUAUAGAGGUUACAGAGUUUAUAGAGGCUACAAAGGUUACAGAGGUUACAGAGGUUACAGAGGUUACAGAGGUUACAGAGGUUACAGAGGUUACAGAGGUUACAGAGGUUACAAAGGUUAUAAAGAUUACAAAGGUUACAAAGGUUACAAAGGUUACAAGAGUUAUAGAGGUUAUAAAGGUUACAGAGGUUAUAGAGGUUACAGGAUCAUAGAAGUCACAAAAUUUAUAAGAGUUAUUAAGUUCAAGAACAAGAAUAUGUAUUAA